CCAGCGCAGUUAGCUUUAUAAAGUGAUCUUCACCCACCAUUCACUGUGGUGUGUUUCUCUCUUCAGCGAUAACUAUUAUUUGUUGACAUGUUUGGGCUUAAGUGUGUUGUCGUAGCCCUGUUGGCUGUCUCUGUCUGGGCUGAAAAGGAGGCUCUGUCAACUUCAGAGCGAAUUGAGAGAGCCAACAGAGAUAUUGUCCGCUCUCCUGAUGAACCCUACAUAGUGGAUGAUAUUGCGUACGGCUCUGAGGCUGAGAGAAACGCUGACCCCUGCACUGCUAAUGGCUGCAUGUGGCCCAAGUCCGCUGAUGGACGUGUCUACGUACCCUACACCAUUUCCAGCGCGUACUCCGAUCGUGAGGUGUCGGUCAUCGAGCGUGCUCUGCAGUCCUUCCACGAUGUCUCUUGUAUCCGUCUUGUCAGACGCACAAAUGAGAGAGACUACCUGAACAUCCAGUCCCUUAAUGGCUGCUACUCCUACAUCGGCCGUCGUUACUACGCGCAGGAUCUGUCCCUGCAGCGAUCAGGCUGUGUUUACCACGACACUGUCCAGCAUGAACUGCUCCACGCUCUGGGCUUCAAUCACGAGCAGACACGUUCUGACCGCGACCAAUACAUCCGCGUUUUGUGGGAGAACAUCAGCGACGGAAAGGCGCACAACUUUGACAAAAUCAACACUUUGAACCAGGGAACCACCUAUGACUACGGCUCCGUCAUGCAUUACCACAAGUAUGCCUUCUCCAAGAACAACCAGCCCACUUUGGUGGCUAUCCCUGAUUCCAAUGUUGAGUUUGGAUAUGCCACUGAGAUGAGCCAGAAUGACAUCCUCAGGCUCAACAGGCUGUAUAAAUGCUGAACAGUCUCAGAUCUACAACAUGAUAAAAACAAUCCAACUCAUCCUCAAAAAAGAUCAUCAUCAUCAUCAUCAUCAUUGUCCAGUCACUUGAUCAACAAAUUAAACAUUGUAAAAUUCUUCAAUAAACCUCCAUUAAAGCACCUACUCUCUGU